UUGAAACGUCUGCCCCAUAAGACAGACGCGCCUGCACUCAUCGCGAGCUCGUCCGGUGAUGAGCCGCUUUGCGUGACAUGCAGCAGCGCAAUGCUUGGCCGCCCGCGCUCGCAGGCGCUUGUACGCGGCGGUGCGACGGCCUUCGGAGGGGCCCGAUGGCUGCUCCCAUCUCUUCUGCUGCGGUCCCGCCAGCCUGACUUGCACACAAAAUGUGCAGCGGUACCAUGCGAGGUGCGUUUGCGGCCGACGCCGACGGCUCUCCGUCGCUGGGCCCUACCGUCAGCCAUGACCACUCGCUCUCGUCGGACGAGGACGACGAGUACAGCCCCGAGGCGUCUGACCCGGGCGCCGGCAGCAGCGACCUUGCGCAAGGGUUCGCUGGCGCCAGUGGCACGGCAGACAGCACCAGCCUCGAGGAAGACGAGAAUGGAAUGCUCCCUCGCGACAAGCAGCGCAAGAACGCCUUCUACGACUACACGGCCGAGAAGCAAAUGAGCCACAUCGAAGCAAAGCAGUUCUACCAGCGCCACCAAUGGGAGACGCAGCAUGGCGGCUCGCAGGCUGGCGACGGCUACAGCCCAGCCCUGCGCGCCAAGACGUUUCCCGCCAGCUUCGGUGCGACAGACGGCAUGAGCAUCCGCUCGCGCAAGAGCAAUGUCAGUCUGGCGAACCAGGGCCCCCAUCACAGCGCACACCCGGGCGCGCCGUCACACGUCCAGCCGUCACAGGACCCGCGCUCGCACGCCGGCAGCCAAGCGGGCGAUGCCUUCCUCCAAGCCGACCAGGACGCGCGGUCGCACACCAAGCACCCCGCCCUCCCCCACGAAGACAAGCCGCUGCUUAAAGACGAGGGCAUACACGGCGCCGGCGCAGGCAUCGGCGUCGGUUCGGGCGCCGGGGGCUUUGCCAUGUCCGACUCCAGCGUCACCGCCGAGCUCACUGCCAUCUACACCAACGUGCAGAAGGUGCUCGACCUCCGCCACAAGUACAUUCGCCUGUCGCUGCAGCACGACUUCGACAAUCCCCGAGACGACCCGGGCUGGAACAUCUACCCACCCCACCCGGAGCCCGUGUGGAACGACUCUUCCAAGCAGCGCCGCAAUGCCUCGAGCAGCAUGCAGAACAGCACCGUCUUGGAGCCCACCGAGGCACCGCCGAAGCCUCCUCGCAAGAUGGGCACAAACAUCGGAGAGGACUUCUUCGAGGAGGAUCUCCAUCCGCUGCCCGGCCCGUCUGAGAUGACCUUCCACAUGGACAGCGGGGGUGUGUUCCAGGUCUACGAGAACGCCAAAUCCGCCGAGCUCGACACUCCCAUCGUGGCCAUUCCCACGCUGCGCGAAUUCUACAUCGACCUGGAUGCGAUCCUGGAGAUUUCCUCAGAUGGCCCCAGCAAGAGCUUUGCAUUCCGGAGACUGCAGUACCUGGAGGGUAAAUUCAACCUGUACUAUCUCCUGAACGAGUACCAGGAGAUUGCCGACAGCAAAAAGGUGCCCCACAGAGACUUCUACAACGUGCGAAAGGUCGAUACUCACGUUCACCACUCGGCGUGCAUGAACCAGAAGCAUCUGCUGCGCUUCAUCAAAUCGAAGAUGAAGAAGUCGCCCGACGAGGUGGUCCUCUUCCGUGAUGGCAAGCACCUGACGCUGAGGGAGGUGUUUGAAUCGAUCAACUUGACCGCGUACGAUCUCAGUAUCGAUACACUGGAUAUGCACGCGCACACGGACUCGUUCCAUCGAUUCGACAAGUUCAACUUGAAGUACAACCCCAUCGGAGAGUCGCGUCUGCGAACCAUCUUCCUGAAGACGGACAACUUCAUCAAGGGCAGGUACCUUGCCGAGAUCACAAAGGAGGUCAUCUCCGAUCUGGAAUCCAGCAAGUACCAGUUCGUUGAGUGGCGCAUUUCGAUUUACGGCCGCGAUCUUGAAGAGUGGGACAAGCUCGCCGCGUGGGUUGUCGACAACAAGCUGUUCUCGCCCAACGUGAGAUGGCUCGUCCAGAUCCCUCGUCUCUACGACGUGUACAAGGCUACUGGGUUGAUGCACAACUUUGAAGAGGUGGUUCGCAACGUCUUCCAGCCGCUGUUCGAGGUCACCAAGGACCCCACCAGCCACCCCAAGCUCCACAUCUUCUUGCAGAGAGUGGUUGGUCUCGACAGUGUAGACGACGAGAGCAAGGUCGAGCGACGUGUGUACAGGAAGUUCCCAACCCCCAAGGAGUGGACGACAAAGCAAAACCCGCCCUACAGCUACUGGAUGUACUACCUGUUCUCCAACAUCGCGUCACUCAACGUGUGGAGGAAGCAGCGUGGCUUCAAUACCUUCUUGCUUCGCCCUCAUUGUGGAGAGGCUGGUGAUACCGAUCACUUGGCGGCGGCUGUCCUCUGCUGCCACAGCAUCAGCCACGGUCUGCUGCUCCGUAAAGUGCCCCUGUUGCAGUACAUCUUCUACCUGGAACAGAUCGGUGUGGCCAUGUCGCCACUCAGCAACAACGCCCUGUUCCUUGCAUACGAGCGGAACCCGUUCUUGAGCUACUUCCGACGUGGCCUGAAUGUGUCGCUGUCUACGGACGACCCGCUGCAGUUUGCCUUCACAAAGGAGCCGCUCAUCGAGGAGUACUCGGUCGCAGCGCAAAUCUACAAGCUGAGCGCGGUCGACAUGUGCGAGCUUGCAAAGCACUCGGUCGAGCAGAGCGGGUUCGAGCACGUCGUCAAGCAGAAGUGGCUAGGCCGCAACUACCACCUCCCCGGCGUCGCAGGCAACGACAUGGCGCGAUCCAACGUGCCCAGCGUCCGCGAAGCCUUCAGACACGAGACCCUGAUGCAGGAGCUCGCCAUGAUCGACCGCUACACGCGCGCCGCCAACGCCGGCGCCCAAGACCUCACCCUGUCGAACCUCCAGCCCGAGCAGCAGGUCCCCCAGACCCCCAAGACGCACCACGCCACGCACCCCGGUUCUCCCGUCCAGUCCCUGCAGCAGCCGUCCGCCACCGACCCGCACGAGCACGACAAGGCCUUCUCGCGGCUCCCGCCCUCGUCCUUCCCCGCCCAGCAGGCGCGCAUCAACCCGUCCUCGUCGGCCGCCGACCUCACCAGCAACACCCAGCCCGCUUCCCCCGUCGAGGUGGCCUUCGACCGCCCCCGCCGCACCUCCAGCAUGACCAUCAGCCCCAGCGUGCUGUCGGCCCCGCCCCCCGCCCAGCAGGAGGACCUGGCCCUGACGCGCACGCCCAGCAGCGUCAAUCUCGAUGGCGAGCCGCGCAUCUUCCCCGGCGUUGUGAGUCGGCGCCGCCGCAGCAGUCUGCGCGGCGGCACCGCCGAGGACGAAGAGGCGCACGCGCUGCACCGCGUGCCGACGGAGCCGGUGGUCAGGGAGCAGGACAGCGACGAGGAUUCGUAGGGUGUUUUGGUGUGGAGAUGCUCUGUUUGAUAUCGAUGUAGUUACGAGGCUAGGUAUCAACUACUUGGCUGUGUUGAACUGCGAAUGGAUUUGGUGUUGCAGUGUAGUGUAUUAGAACGUGAUGGUGCU